ACACUGACGAUUGUAAGCGACGAAACAUUCGAGGAGUACAGCGUUGCGAUGCUGAAACAGACGGAUCAAAGUCAAGACCUGCCCCAGUGGAAUGAUCUCGCGCAAUGGGCUCGAUGGCAGAAGAUUUUUGACUCGGAUCUCGAUGAGAUGCCUUCGAGCUCUCUGCUAUCUGCUGAAGGUGGCGACUUUCUUCUUGUUAUUGGAGUCAAAACGGCAGUGCUGGAGGGCUUCGACCGUCGCCAAGCUAUUCGCGAGACGUGGUCGAGUAAACCUGAACUUCCACGUGAUGUAAAAGUGUAUUUUGUCGGGUGUGCGUCGAACUUUGAUGCCAUUUCAAGUGAUGAGAAGCGAAAUCAGGUCCAGAGUGCGAUCAACUAUGAAAAGCAAGUGUAUCGAGAUCUACUUACGGAUGAGCUUCUGUGCGAAGACUGGAACGGAAACCAAGUGAACAAAGUGAAGGCCUUUCUGGACUUCGCCGCGCAGACAUACCGGCAUACACCGUUCGUAGUGAUAGCAGAUGACACUAUUUACCUACGAGCUGACCGACUAGCCAACGACUUGCGAAUGGAAAAUCGGACGCAGCGACUGUACCUAGGACAAGUGCUGGAUAAUCGCAGUCAACCUGGCGUGUUUCCGUCGGAACAUCGCUACAUUCCCUCGAAGCGCUACUCGCUCCACAACUAUCCGUCAUUCGCGUCCAGCUCACACUACGUACUGUCGAUGGGAUGCGCGCGCUUUAUUGCAAAGAAUAGUGCGCGGUUGCAAGGCUUGGAUGGACAGGAUGGCGUCAGCGUCGCACUUUGGCUUCUCACUAUUCAGGUUCACGUGGAGCACACGAAGGCGUUUUCAGACCUCCAAGAUGAAGAUUGCGACAAUGGGUUUCUGUCGCUUGCUGGCUUAUCUUCAUCGGGCAUUCAGAAGAUUCACGCGAAUGUUGUUGAGCGACGUCCAUUCUGCUACGGUCUCAACCGAGAUUUAUUUCUG